GAGAUUUCCAUACAUAUAUCAAUUUUGACUCACAAUUGAUCUUUAUUGUAAAAGAAAAACAAUGAAACCAAAUUUUGUCUGAUAUGUAUACAAAUGGCGUCUUCGUGUUACCUAUACAGUAUUAGCACUCUAGACAUCCAAAAAAUAAUGGAUAGAAAUGGGGAGAUGUGGCCACUUGUUUUAUAUAAUUAUAUAUCUUCAGAACACUGUUGGUGCUGUUUUAGAGCAAUACUUCAAGGACAAAAAAGUUUCAGUAAAGGGAAAUGCAUUGAUUCUUGUGACAGAAUUGUUUCGAGUAUUUGUAAAAGAAGCUUUAUCUAGAGCAGCUGAUCAAGCUAAAAAUGAAGGGGACACUCGUGUUACAAUAGAACACUUUGAAAAGAUACUGGCUCAGUUGCUGCUUGAUAUGUGAGUGUAUAGACAACCACUGGAGAUGAGCUAUUGAAAUAUUGCUGUCACUCAAUGCUCAGACCGUAACGUGAUAGUAUGGAAUGGUGCCAGCCUCAGUGAAUGUGUUAGCCAGAAAGAUGUUUGCAAUAUGCUGUGAAUCUGAUGAUUGUGAGAGACAGAUAUUUAUAAGAAACAUGUUUUUAAUAGUUGCCAUUUCUGAUUAGAUUGUUGUGUACAAACAAAUACAUGUACAUAAGGAUUGUAUAUUUUGUAAUAAAUUUCUUCAAUUGUUCUCUCAAACAUGAUGUAAUGUACUUUGUCUCAACAAUCAUGACUCAUUAAAAGUAGUCCCUAACAGCUUAUGCUUUAAGAUUUAGGUAAAAUACUCAAUACUUGGAUUGGAUUGAGUUCAUAUAGACCAACCUAAUUUUGCCUGCAGGCCAUUUUUAUUUCCGACACGUGGGCCACAUGGAAAAAAUGUAAAAAAAAAACUAAAUGAAAUUGACCUGAAACAAUUCUAUUUGAAACUUGUGUGAGCUAAUGGAAUUUUUCCUCCUUAUUUUUUUUUCUACGCCAGGACCCUAACAUUUUCACUUUUUUUUUUUUUUUUUUCGAAAGUACACUAAAAAGGGGGGGAUUUUCUACACUUUGUACCGUUUUAGUGGGCCGGAUGAAACCAUGUUGCGGGCCAGGGGGCAUAUUUUGGGCAUCACUGAUAUAGACUAAACAUGAUCGUAGCAAUUUGAAAAUAUGUAUUUUAAUGUAGAUUUAUAAAACACAAAUCUCAGCAUUUGCACAAAUAUAAAUCUUCAUUGUGAAAAAAAUUUACAUUUAUUAAUUUUGCUAAAAAUAUUCAAAAUGUGUAACUUUACCUUGAGUUUUAUUUCAAAACUUCUGAAAUAUCAAAUGCUUUAAUUACUGUACUUUUUAGCAUUUUAGGAACCUUUUCUUUUUUUUAUUAAGGUCAUAAUAAAAAUUUCUGUUGAGAAACACUGA